AUGACAUCCCCUUGCAUUUCAGACGUUCUUCCUGCAGAGAUUCUGCGAACUAUUCUACGCUAUGCUACUAGUUCCCCCCGUGUCUUUGACACCUCGCCCGAGAACGUUUCAGCGGCAGCGCAGGAAACGGCAAACCUCCUUUCAUUCUAUGGGCAAGAUAUUUUGGACAGUCUACCCACCAAGCGAUCGCUUUCUCGCGUCAGCAAGCUAUUCCAUCAGCUUGUCGAGGAGUUUUUGCUGGAAGCAAUUGUGGUCACAGAGUAUGAUCGUCUGGCACAGUUGCGCAUCGUCCUGUCGUCGGAGCGGAGUAUGCCGAGAUCAGGAAAUGGAGCCUUAUUAAAGGGGUCAUAUUGCAGGCGGAUGGAUUUCCUGCUCGGUCGGCGAGGACAUUACUGGGCAGGAGAGGGCCAAUACAAAGGAUUCAAAUCUCUAUGGGGCCUUCUUCCCAACUUGACAAACCUCGAGCUCCUCAUUAUCGACCCGUACCAGAGUGGCACCCUUUGGGAAACGCAAAUCACGCUCUCCAAGGGAUUCUGGAGCCUGUUGAGGACCAGAUGCGCCCAUUCACUGCGACUACUACAUAUCAACAAUGUCGAGGCGGAUGCGGGACAUAUCCACCUCGCCCUCGCGCCGUUUACCAACCUCGAGAGUCUGGAGCUUCGAGGUGGUUGGCACGGCAGGACGCUUCCGCCAGAGACUCCAACCACGACGCUUCCUCGACUACACAAUCUCCGAGCUUUCUACCCGGAGAUUAUGAGUAGCAUUUCGAUGCCGGCAUUACAGCACGCCGCCAUUAUCACGUCUACCAUUAUUAGCGAUGGAUCUACGCUAAAGAUUCGACCAGAUGUGCUAACAGAGCUCGAUUACUGCGGUCCACCUAUGGACAUUUUCGAGCUCUGCGAUGCGUUUCCGAAUCUGAGACGGUUUGGGAUUUACAAACCUCGUAUAUCUAACCCAGGAAGUAUACCGUGGACGCAUAAUGGAGGCUGCGCAGAAAAGCUAGAAGAGAUUGAUGUCUUUAAUCUUCAUUCUUUGUCGCUUGCACCAUCCCUCAUACACACCCUGGUGACGCAUUGUAGGGUGGGAUCGUUUCCGGCGCUGAGACGGGUCAAAUAUGUCGAGCAAGAGUGCUACUUCCAUGAAGCGGAAGUCCAAUCCGUGGAACCGGAUUCCAAGUCGCUGACACAACUAGGGAUAGACUUUAUCAUCGAGAAGAAAUGGUUCCCCUUGUACUAG